AUGCUAGGCCUCCCCUCCUGCGUCUCGGACGAUUGGGUGACCGCCUCCGCCUCGCACCCCUCCACCGCCGCCGCCGACCCACUCAUCUCGCUCGACCCGGACGUCUCUAAGCUCCUCCGCAUCCAGCGCUUCGCCCUCCGGCUCUCGACCGUCAUGGGCCACUCCGUCCGCUCCAAGUCGGGACAGGACGCGAGCACCGGUCCGGCGCUUAUCGGCAUCCUCGCCAGCGAGCUCGUCGACAUCGAGAACGGUCUCAGCCCCAUGAACCCGCGCGUGGCGAUCGCGUUCCUCGAGGUCAAGCUUCAGCUGUACACUUACGGCCUUCAGGACGACAUGAUGCUCGCCUCGCCGAUGGACCUCCUCUCGUGCUACACCUCCUCCAUCCGCAUGCUCGAGAUCCUCCACAAGCUCGCCGCCGCGCCCGACACGAACGCCGCCUUCUGGCCGCGAUCUAUGCUGCUCAGCACCGUCUACGCCACCCUCUGCCUCCUCAAGCUCGCCUCCCUCCAAACAACGCACCCCCAAAAGUUCACCGUAGACCGGAACAUGAUCCUACGCGAGAUCAUGCGUGCCUACGACCUCCUCAAGGGCCGCUCGCUCACCCCGGGCGACGAGGCCGACCAAGUCUGCCAGAUCAUCCGCUUCCUCUCGCGCCGCCUCGCCAACUCGCCCCCUUCCUCCUCCACCACCUCCACCUCCUCCACGCCCGCAGCCCCGCCGAAACGGCCGGCAAUGUACGUUCGCGCGCGCAUGAGCCUCGGCGGGCUCCUGUACGACGCCGUGUACGAGACGAUCAUCGCCGGCCCGUGGGGCGCCAAGCUCCAGCCCGGCGCGCUCCGUACCCUCCCCGGCGCGGCGGGCUGCUGCGGCCUCACCGACGCGGACGAGACCGUGGAGCGCGAGGAGCGCGAGCGGGCGGAGACGCAAGCGCAGGUCCGGGCGCAGCCCGUCGUCCCGCAGGUGGCGGGAAUGCAGGCAGCGCCGACGGUGCACGCGGCGGCGCAGGAGCUUCCGAUGCUCUCGACGUCGACGUCGGACCUGGACGUCUUUGGGUGGCUAAACGGCAUGGAUACGACAUCGUACGACGAGCUGAUCAACGACGUGGCCAACUUCGGCGCAUUUGGCACGUCGUGGAUGAUGGGCGACCUGUCUGCAAUGCAAAUGGGCUAA